AUGCACCGAGGCGGCUCGAAUAGCGACUUCGAUGCCAUUGAGCGAAACACGCGCCGGCAGGUCUUCUGGUCGGUUAUCCUCGGUCGACCCACGGUCAUUGACGAUGUCGAGAUGAAGAUGAGAGUCCCAGAUACGUCCAUGCUCGAAGAGCAAGGAAUGUCUGCAGAUUUCUUGAACCUCGGCUUCGAACUUACCCAGCUGUCCUACAGGAUCCGUCAAAGAGCAUAUUUUGAUCCAAUAACGGCAGAAGAACGCUCUCCCACAUUACAGGUUGCCGUCAACCUGCUGAGAGAGUGUGACGACUUCUACGCGAGGGUCCCGCGAUAUUUCUUACCUGACUUGACCUUCCCGGCUCCACCAGGCCAAAAAGUCAAGAUCUUGCUACUCUUUGUGUACUACUACCACACUCGAUGUAUCGUCUCCCGUGAUUUUCUGAUAAUAAAGGUGGAAAGAGAUAUAGCAUACAUGGAAAACAGACUGCCACCUAUUUCGGAAAACUGGGAUACGACAUUUGCCCUGAGCGAUGACUGUGUGGAAUCCGCGCAUCAAAGUCUUCGAUGUGUCCUGGCUGGUCGGGAGUUUGGAAUGAUCGGAUACUCGUACGUGGACCUCUUUUUCAUUUUCCAUUCGGUCCUCAUUGUUUGCGCCGAUUUUCUUGCGCGCCCAAGAGAACAGCAAAUCUCAGCCAAGGACCAGGAGAGGAGAGACACGGUGCGCGCCAUGCUCGAUCACGUCCACGCAAUGAAGAGUCUUGCCCCAACAUACGGCACCCUCAAGGCCAUUGCGAUGCAAUUCGCCGGCAUCACCGGCGUGUACGAGGAGCCCGUCACGCCAGACAACCCUCCAACUCAGACACCGGGUCAAUCAACAGAGGAGCAAUCAGCGUCGGGCCAGGAUAGUGCCAUGUCAGAGAUCGGAACGCCGGACUUGGAGGAAGACUGGUUUGCUAGUGCCACGAAGAACCUAGGUCUAGACUUCUCCGACCUCAAUCAACUCUCUGGCGGCGCGCAUCAGGUUGCACAACCUGGCGAUAUUGGCUUCUCGAGAUACGCGCAGCCAAUGGCCAACCAGGUGGAUGACUGGACUGCGAGGACCCUGAGAGGGAUGCACAAUUUUGAUUGA